AUGGAGCCCUUCCCUUUCGAACGAUUGCCUAUCGAGCUCAAAAUCAAGAUCAUCAGAUUUGCUAUUCCCCCAAUCACAGUAUACGGUGCAAUUAGUUGCCCCCCAAAGUACUUUGUUUGUGACUUUAAACGUCGAUAUGGGAAAGAAUUGAGUCGAGUUCGCACUUCGUGUCCGGAAAUCAAAGCAAUAUGCGAUCGAAUCCGAUACCUUGUGGUAUGUUCAUAUGGAAAAGAAGUAUAUCGACUAGACCCUUUACGAGACACAUUCUUGGUAGAUGAGCCCAUCUAUCUUCUAGACGUCACUCAAAUACCCCUCGAGCCAAGAUUGGAACCCUCUCUACAAGUAGGACUUCCCAUCCGGCGCAUACUGUGCCGGAUCCCCUAUCCUCGUCUAUCAAGAGGAGCUCCAGCACUUCAAGCGGGUGAAUCUCCAUCAGAGAAUGGGGAACAGACGUGCGCCCAGAUGCCGUUCAGUUGUUCGUUACCUAUAUGGCGGCGAACCCCAAUGCUCAAGGAGUUUAUCUUGAUCAUAUCUACUUGUACUCGGAAUUGGCAUAUCGAGAGCUUUCAACAAUAUGGACCAAACGUUACUGGCUGGCGGCCUUCCGAUAACCAUGGGCGGGUCAUGAGAAAUGAUACCAUCGAGGAAGGAUAUGAUAGAUUCGAAAGUACUGAUUCUCAGCCACUUCAGAGUGAUACUGGUAUUCAAUGGAGAUUGACAGCAUCGAUCGGCAACCUAAGCUAUCCUGGAGAUGACGCAUUUUGGCCAGAUGUACCAAGAAUUGGAUUCCAUGGGUACAGUCGAGGCGACAUGUCCCAAGGAGGGAAAUGGGCUGGAUUCAGAUACUGGACCGAGACGAACAAGAUUGAGUUUAGGCCCUUAUCGUGGCCAGAGGUUCAGCCUUGUAUUGAGGACUACCAAGGAACAUCGAUGAAUAAUAGCCAUCCCGAUUUCAUUACUCGACUAUGGGUCAAUCGAUCGGGAGAACCGAUAGAUGUUGAGCAGUCACAAUACGGUUGGAUUGAGUUGGAAGCUCCCGAAGAAGGCGACGCUCCUUGGGUAGAGCAGGUGGCAACAACGUGGAAGAUGUUUCGGCAUACGUUGAUGAGAAUGAACGAAGCUAUGGAUCUCCAUUGGUAUCUUGAAAAUGAGUAA